CGUUGAAUAUCAAACGUUGAUUGAUGGUGUUGUAUUUGAAAGAUUUAAAAAAUCAAAUAGCAGCUAGUAUAUAAGUGAAUUUUGUAACUACAAGAAGAUAUAAAUUUGCUGAAAAGGGCUCCUCAUAAAUUAAGUAUCUUCUACAGAUCGAUCAAUCAAUCAAUCAAGAAGAAUGGCAGAUGUUGGUAGAAUCUCUGCAAUGCGAAUUGCUCUGUCUUACGGACCAGAACUAACUUUCUUGAUCGUACUACGAGUUCUUAUAGGUCUGUACAGGCCUGAUCUGACCGAUAGAGUUAACCGAGUAAGACCAGUUCCCUUAACGAAAAUUAAUAGCAGUUACGAUUUCGUGAUAAUUGGGGCUGGUUCUGCUGGUUCGGUAUUGGCAAAUCGUUUGUCGGAAAAUGGAAAUUGGUCGGUGCUUUUACUCGAGGCUGGCGUGGACGAACCAGACCUGUCGGAUGUGCCUGUCGUGUAUGCGGGUCUGCAGAUCACCCCGUUGGAUUGGCAAUAUCAAACUGAACCUUCGGAUAAUUAUUGCAAGGCGAUGAAUGAUAAUAGGUGCAACUGGCCACGAGGCAAGGUGUUAGGUGGAAGUAGUGUGUUGAACGCGAUGAUGUAUAUUCGUGGUAACAGAAGAGAUUAUGACAAUUGGGAAAGCAUGGGUAAUCCAGGAUGGGAUUACAAGAGCGUGUUGCCUUACUUUAUGAAGUCCGAAGACAUAAAUAUCAAGGAGUUUCAGAACUCCUCUUAUCAUAGUAAAGGUGGACCGUUGACAGUGGAAAAGUUUAGGUAUACCACGCCUGUGACUCGUUAUUUGGUGCAGGCAGGAACUGAGAUGGGAUACGAUAUCAGGGAUUUGAAUGCAGACACGCAAAGUGGAUUUACCUUAUCGUCUGGCACAGUGAGGGAUGGAUUAAGAUGCAGCGCCGCGAAGGCUUUCCUUCGACCAGCCUCGAAGAGAAAGAAUCUAGAUAUCAGCGUUCGUUCAAUGGUAGAGAAGAUUUUGAUACGAAAUGAUGGAAAAUUCAAAACUGCUUAUGGUGUACAAUUUCGAAUCGGAAAAAUGCUUCGAACGGUAACAGUAAAUCGUGAAGUGAUCGUAUCAGGUGGUUCGAUCAAUUCACCUCAACUAUUAUUGCUGUCUGGAAUUGGUCCAGAGGAUCAUUUAAAGGAAAUCGAAAUUCCUGUGGUUCAUCACUUGCCAGGUGUAGGUAACAAUCUCCAGGAUCACGCGGCGAUAGGUGGAUUAAAUUAUCAGGUUACUAAGCCGAAAAACGACACUACAAUCGACAAUUUCUGCUUUAAUAUUCGGACAACCAUCAACUUGAAAUCGCUCAAAGAUUUUGCUAUUAAUCAUAAAGGAACACUCUACUCGACACCCAUAUCCGAAGGAACGGGUUUCAUCAAAACCAAAUUUGCGAACCAAUCAGAUGAUUAUCCUGAUGUACAAUUAUUAAUAUCUUCUGCUGCUGACAAUACAGACGGUGGACUAAAUGGAAAGAGGGAUAGCAAUCUUCGUGACAGUUUCUACUGGAAAAUGUUCGAAAAUGUUUUAUAUCAGGACUCGUAUAUGAUUAUUCCGUUGUUACUGAGACCUCGAAGCAGGGGAUACAUCAAGCUACGUUCGAGUGAUCCAUAUGAUCACCCCAUAAUCGUUCCAAAUUAUUUCGACGACCCUUACGAUCUCAAAGUUUUGGCUGAAGGAGCUCAAUUCGUACACGAUAUGAUCGAGACGCCAACAAUGAAAUUUUUAAAGACUCGACCAAAUCCGAAUAAGGUUCCCGGGUGUGAAAAAUAUAAAUACCCAUCGAGCGAAUAUUGGCAGUGUUUAGCACGAUAUUACACGCUCACGAUUUAUCACCCUGUGGGAACGUGUAAAAUGGGACCUUCCAGUGAUCCUAUGGCAGUAGUGGACCCUAGAUUAAAGGUACACGGUGUUUCUGGACUACGAGUGAUCGAUGCUUCGAUCAUGCCCAAUAUCGUUUCUGGGAACACGAAUGCACCGACGAUCAUGAUCGCCGAAAAGGCUGCUGAUAUGAUUAAAGAAGACUGGAAAAUUCGAAAAAAUGAUUCCUAAAUUGAACAUCAAAGUUCAAAAAAAUUGUUGUAUUUUUGUUUUUGUUAUCGCACGAUAGCCGAUCAAAUAUAAACGAGACUAUUUGUAAAAA